GAUAACAAUUUUGCGAACGCUGGCUUGUUUUUGCGCAAACAAUCAAAUCGAUGCUCGUUAUACAAGUCGUGUGGCACCGAGAAAUAUUGAUCAAGGUGCUUGCCCGACCGCUGACAGUGCGCGUCCGUAACGAUCACGGUAGUUAUGUGCGGAGGAAUUGUCGCACGAGGGUCGCACACACGAAAUUCGAAACUGGCCUUUUUACUGUUACUCUUCUCGAUCGCGCAUCUGCCGUUGCUGCGACAACACGUCGAUGCCAAGAUACUCCGUGGCAAUUUGGUGACACGCGAGAAUUGGGCAUUCGUUGCGAGAUUCUGUUUUCUAACGGAACGCGGUACUUUCCGAUAUCAUUUUCAAUUAGGAGGUGAGGAACGCGAUUUGAAUCUGUUACUCUACUAUGAUGGACCUCAUCAAUGGCCCACCGUCUAUCCUUCCAACAAGACGUGUCGAGAAAAGGAGAGUAUCCUUAAUAUCGAUUACGGUCAAAUAAUACCCUUGAACACGUCGUUACAUUUGUCGGGAUGCUUGGAAAGCGACGACGGUAUAGUUCGAUGCGACAGUCAGAGGAAAUUCAUCUCGGCACGGCCGAGAUGGUGGUUCGUAGCUUUAGCCGACUGCUCUUCCAAGACAGGCUUGAACGUCACGUACUGGAUAUCGUUGACUAACGCGCCGAUCGGCACAUUCUGGAAGGAACACUUCUCCGCGGAUGAAUUCUACAUACUGCCGCUGCUGAUAACGACCGCUUGUAUCUACGUGAUAGUCACUACGCUUAGUUUCUACGUAGCGCUGCAACUACGCUCCAGGAGACUGCUGCAUAUAUCCUACAAACUGUUUAUAAUUUCCGUGUUGUGUCAGUUAUUGGGCUUGUUGUGCGAGAUUUACAGUUAUGUCAAUCUCGGUCUGAGAGGAGUGCCAGCCGAGAAGGCUCAUUUGUUGGGCCAGCUCUCGGAAGCGUGCUCCGAGACUCUGUACACGGUGCUUAUGUUGCUACUUGCACUCGGCUACACGAUUACCAAGAGUGUCCUCACGUCAUCCCAAGUCCGAUGGCUCAUACUGUUUACCAGUAUUACUGCCAUUUGUCAAAUGUCGCUGUACAUAUGUCAGUCUGAAAUAUUCGAUCCCGGACUGGUGCUGUAUAUUUACGAAUCGCCACCAGGCUACGGAUUAAUAGCAUUGAAAUUGAUCGCCUGGUUCGUGUUUGUCACUCGUUGUUUCAAGACCAUCAGGAAGCUGAACACAAAGCUUCAUUUCUACUUUUCGCUGAUUAUGUUGGGAUCAACAUGGUUCCUCUGUCAUCCCCUAACGAUAUUGACCAUCACUUUAUUUGUGGAUCAAUGGGUGAGAGAGAGUGUCGCUAAAGGAAGUUCCCUUUGCAUUGUCUUCUUGGGUCACAUAACGUUUUUAUAUGUAACGCGACCAUCUGUGAACAAUAAGCGUUUUCCAUUCCACAUUAGGACAUUCCAAGUUGUGCCCAUAGGUGGUCAUGGACAAGAUCACAGUUAUGAGCCUGGUUCUCAAACUGCAGUCACGGCAUUUACUAUCACACGAACACCGGCUUACCUUAAUCAAUCAUGAUGGAAAAAAAAUAGUAGAUAGGAAAGCGC